CCCCCCCCCUCUCUUAUCUGUGUUGUAAAGUUUUACAACACUCAAGUCCCAGGGGAGCAAGGCUCAGUACACCUUAGCUGCAUAGUCCUUGUCUUUUCUGGAUACGUUACAAGUAGCGAUUUAAACAUGAGUCAACAUAAAAACUGACAUUUGGAACUUAAACCAGGUCAAACGGGUUUUCUGUGGAAAGCUGCACAUCCCACGACACAGUCAUCAUGUAUAAGACAACAACAGAUGAUAUUUACGCAUAUGCGCUGUCCAAGACCCUGACAAAAGUUUCAUCACCUGCAACUGUGGGACUCUACUCUUCAUGUCAGAAUCGAAUUAAUAUGAUCCUCGAACAAAUGGAAGUGUACAUGAAGCGGGAGGCUUCAAGGAUAGAGAAGGAAGACAAAGGAAGAUACAGGCCUCGCUCAGCUACUCCAUCAAUUUGUGGCUUUCUAGCACUCAUUGGCCGAAUGCUCUUCUAUAGACCCAUUCUGACCAUGGAGAACCAGCAUCACCAUAACGUCAGGUUUAUUUAUGUACAUUUCAGUGCCUGGCAUUUUGCAGGCAGUGACCUGCUUUGGGCGGGGCUAGCCAUACGGCUGUUUCAAGCCAUGCAGAUGAACUUUGGGAAAUUGCACCUUGCUCUCUACCGUGUGGCGCAAUAUGAUGAAGAAGACGAAGUCAAGAGGAAGAUUGUGGAAGAUGGUCCUAGCGAUUGGAGGUCCAAAAAGAUUUGCUGCUGCCCUCUGUGGUUUCUCGUCCUUACCAUUCUUGUGAUACCAAUUUCCAUCCUACUAUUCUGGUUGAUCAUUGGCUUUCCCCAACCUGAGAUGAAACCAGGGGCGGUGAAUGGAACAAAAAGCCAUGUGGGUGUAGGGGAGGGCCUGCUCAUUGCUGCAUUAGGGGUCCCUGCAGCAAGUGCAUUGAAGUUUAUCUUUUCAAUGUGUAAGAACCUCAUCUUCACCUUGGAUCUGAACAUCAUGAAGGGGAUGGACAAUGAGCGGGUAAGCAAACAACUGGGCUUCAUGAACGAAGUGAGGAAGGAAAUGUGGUUUCUGUCUCAGUUUAUCCAGUUUAUGGAGGUGUUUGAGAGGAGGAGGAUCCGGGUGAUGCUGAAGAUCACCAAUCUGGACCGCUGCUCCCCCGAGAAAAUAGUUGCAGUUCUGGAUGCCAUCAACAUUCUGCUUUCAAAUGAGGAAAGUCCAUAUAUUUCCAUUCUGGCCAUCAACCCAGAUGUUGUUGUGAAGAAAGUGAACUUUGCAGAUGGCUGCUUCAGCAAAGAGGACAGAGCUUAUGCACUGCUGAACCACAUCGUAACUCUGCCUUUCACGGUCCCACCGCUGUGCAAUGAUUCAAAGCAUAGUAUAUUUUGCAAACUUACUGGGAAUUCAAAAAUCCCUGAGGAUAUAGGCAUGAGUGAAGAUAAUCGUCAAACUGGGAGUCUCAAAAAGACCCCUUCUCCAGAUUUAUAUGCAGUGGAGAUUGCAUUUGAAACUAAGGAGGCAUAUCCACUGAUAGAUAAAAAUACAGAAGCACUAGAUGUAAAGGAGGAGGAGGUAGAGAAGUUGCUCAGGAGCAUCCUGACCAACACUGAAACCAGUCUUAACAAGUACAUGAUAGAGGAUGCCAUGUCUAUGAGGAGGGCGAUCAACACUUUUCGAGUGACUGUGACAAUCAUGAAGGCCUUGAAGAAAGAGCUUCCUCAACCAGAAUUCAUCGCAGCAUGGGUAGUCUUGGCUAAUCAGUGGCCUUGCCGCCUCAGCUGGAUCAUCCAGUGUGUGGAAGACGCUGAGCAGAGUGUAGAAAGUGAUAGUAUCAAUCAGACAAAUGUUGAUGAUUCAAAGACCUUGUGGAAAGUCUUCAGUGAGUCCAGGGCAGAGUUGUACGUGAUGAGUGCACAGAUUGAGGAGCUCCUCGAGCAGGAUGGAGAUCCUGAGAUGUUUGAAAGAUUUCUCAUGGUAGAUUUCCAAUUCACCAUAAGGGACUUGAAGACACUUGAAGUGGUGACAGUGAACCUCGAUCAUUCAAUUAGAAGGGAGCUGGCUCACAUCAGAGGGACAUCCAGGCUGAAAGAUUCUGGCUGGAUGAGGAACCUAGCUCCUCUGUCAAUCGCAACUAUCAUCAAAAUGACUACAGAGGAUGUAUGUAAAGAGCUGGAGAGGAUGGAAUACCCAAGUAAGUACAUUGAUAUUGUAAGAAGAAAUGACCUCAACGGUUCAGCACUGAUUUUUGGGGAUGUUGAUGACCUUAAAGCCCUCCUAGAUAUGACCUUUGGGGAAUGGGCAACUUUCAAACUCCACUUCCAGGGUUCACCACGUCUCCGACCACAGUACCGGAACACGUCAACGUUUCCUUCUCAUCCUCAGUUGUCGGGAUUUCCCCUCCAUGUUCGACAUCAUUACAUGACUAAUCCUGGUGUGGUUAACAACUACAUGUAAGAAUCCAAUCCAUCUCCAGUGAGGGUGAUAUCCCAAAAAUUCUCUGCAUGUGUGACAUUUAUCAGCGAUCUUUACAGUAACGAUACACAACUUGUGCAGAGUUUGGGAGUUUAUUUUAGUCUGAAUUACAUUCACCUUGUCUAGCUACAGGAACUUGUGAUAAACUCUUCAUGCUUGCAAAAAUGAUUAAUUUCCUUCAACUUUGUCAAAUAACUUAAAGGGGAAAAGCAUCAAGGACAGCUGUCAUGUUGCCUUGAUGUCAGUCAUGUAGAAAUCAACCUUAGUUGUCCUGAUGUGCGUUUGUGUUUUUCAUGGAUCACAUUUUUCUGUAAUAGGUAUUUCACAGCAGAUAUUUUGGCAUGUCACAGUAGGAAAAGCACUGUUGUGAUGGCUAAAUGUCAUUAGCUGCUUCAGUUUCAGGGCCCUGGUAUUGUGUAUGCUGCCUCACUGUCACACUUUAAUGGCUUUACUCUGACACUAGAAUAAAAAGGAGCUACUGGUAAUGUCACUAAUAACAAAGAGACCUGUUAGGAGACAACACUGUUGUUGUUUUUCCUGUCGAUGUGUGAAGGAGAGUUCGCAAAUUAAAAAAGUUCAGGAAGAUAAAAAGCUGGGAAACAUCCUACCUAAAAAACAGACCAACUAAUGUUUCAACAUUUCUUUUAAAAUAAUUUUCACUCCUACUAGAAUGUAUUAUGAUAUAUUAUUAAAGAUUGCUUGACUUUUCUGUUGAAAAAUAAGAGGCUGAACAGCUCUAUUCUCAGUCUUUCAGUCAUUCUUUGCCACUAUAUCACACAAAAGUGUGACAUGCACAUGAAAAUAUCUCAGAUUGAGGGAUAUCUCAUUAAAGACAGGCCUCUGUUCACUGUUAACAGGACACUCUUUCACACAUAAAAUUGCAACUUGAUUGUAGGUUUUGCAUAUGCUAUUUUUUUAUUGUUUUGGAUUUUUUUAUUUUAUUUUGUUUGUACUGUGAGUUUCACUGUAACUUUAUUCUGGAACAAAUGCAUGUUUAUAUCGAGGUGCAUGAUGUGUCUGUGCCAUACAUCAUGAAUGCAUGCUGCAAUUUUUUAAAUUUGAACUUUAAUGAAGUCAGAGAGUAUUAAUGGAAUGUUUAGGUUAUUGGAAAUAACAGAGAUAGGUUUGUAGUAGUAGCAGUAGUAGUAGUAGUAGUAGGUAUGCAUGUAUUUCAGAGCCAGAACAGGCUUUAACAAAGUAUUUUUGGUAUUUUAUUGAUUGAAAGGCAGUGUAUGUUUAGGAAUAUUUCGAUCCUUGAAAAAAAGUACUUCUCAAUACUGUAUGUGUAAACGGAUAUCCUACAUUUCAUGUGAAUCCAUAAAAUUUAACUUCUGACGAAUGAAAUGCAUGUUCAAGUGUUCAUAAUAAAAAUGCUCACCCAAGCACUUCUCGUUUCUCGUUCAAAUACAUUUGCUAGUUUACAAACAGCCCCGGCAAUGUGCUGACUCAUUAAUGAUAUUUUUACAUCAAAGUGUUCUUGUGUUAAAUAAUCAGCUGAAGGUUCACUUCAUCUGGGUUCCUUUGAACCUUUUCCCCUCAGAAAGCUGCAAACGUUAAAGUGACUAAAAAUAUCAGGCAAACAAACUGCGGGCAUUUACAGUACAAGCAAUAUCAUUUCACUGCCGUACACACUUGAUAGCAUACAGUACACACCAAAGGUCUUAACUUGAUGAUUUUGUAAUCUUUUAGAAAUACAGCUGCAUCCUCUGAUUGGAUUUCAU